AUGUCCACCAUCCGGAAAAAGUUGUUUAUAGUUGGUGAUGGUGCAUGUGGAAAGACGUGCUUGCUGCUUGUAUUUAGCAAAGACCAAUUUCCUGAAGAGUAUUUGCCCACCGUGUUUGAAAAUUAUGUAGCAGAUAUUGAAGUGGAUGGAAAACAGGUGGAAUUGGCUUUGUGGGACGCAGCUGGUCAAGAAGAUUAUGAUCGCCUUAGACCUCUUUCCUAUCCAGAUACCAAUGUUAUACUUAUGUGUUUUUCCAUCAAUAACCCUGAUAGUUUGGAAAACAUCCAAGACAAGUGGUUCCCAGAAGUGAAGCAUUUCUGUCCCAGCAUACCCAUUAUCGUGGUUGGGAACAAAAAGGAUCUUCGAAAUGAUGAGGCCACCAAACUGGAGCUGGCCAAAAGGAAGCUGGAGCCAGUGAAAACUGAAGACGGCAGAGAUAUGGCAAAUCGGAUUGGCGCCUUUGGAUAUAUAGAGUGUUCCGCAAAGACCAAAGAGGGUGUGAGGGAGGUUUUUGAAAUGGCUGCAAGAGCGGCUUUGCAAGCCCACAGAAAGAAAAGAUCCAAGUGCCUUAUGUUCUGA